UCGAGUUUGUGUUUGCUUUCUAGACAUCACGUGUUAGAUAUUUUUUAUUCAUUUAUGCCGCAAUGUUAGUUUCUACAGUUAUUUAAAGAUUAUUAUAAGCUGUACAAUUUAUAAUAAAAUACAGCUUAAUGUUUAAUGAUUUGGACCGUGAUAGGUGUUAUAUGUUUCUUCUGGUUGGAUCAGUACAGUUUUCAAAAGUCAAUGGUUUAUAAAUAUAAAGUUUAAAAGUAAAAAUAGUAAUAAACGAAAGAAGAAAAAAGCAUGCAUUGUUUAAAUGUAUAAUUACGCGUGUUUGGUUAAUUCAAAUCGUCGGUAAGAGAGCUCGAGUAAGCAUUCUAACCUACAAGUAAAAAGUUAUUUUCAAUUUAAUAAAGAUGACUGAGAAACAAAAAGUUCUUAUUUGUGGCGAUGUCGAAGGACAUUUUAAGCUUCUAUUCUCCAAAGUUGAUGCUAUUAAUAAAAAAAAUGGCCCCUUUGACUUUUUACUUUGCGUUGGAAAUUUUUUUGGUGAAAAUAAUAAUGAAUUAACUCCUUAUAAGUUAGGCAAUAAAACCAUAUCCAUUCCUACAUAUAUAAUUGGUCCAAAUAGAGAAACGGAUAUAAAACAUUAUCCAGACGUUAAUGGUUGUGAACUAUCUAACAAUCUUACUUAUCUCGGUAAACAUGGACUCUAUACGUCAAGUUCAGGACUUAAAAUUGCUUAUCUCAGUGGGGUCGAAAAGAAUAAAAAUGAUCCUAAAGAGUGCACAUUUAACGAAGAUGAUGUUUUAGCUUUAAGAAAUUCAUGCUUAAUUGGGUGUCCCAGUUAUCGCGGAAUUGAUAUUUUAUUGACUGCCCAAUGGCCAUUAGGAGUGACAAAUGCGUUAGAAGACAAGCCAGAAUUUGAGUAUAAAGGGUCAAAAUUAAUAUCUUGGUUAGCUACACAUAUUAAACCGAGAUAUCAUGUUUGUGGAAUAGAGAAUAUUCAUUUUGAGAGAUGUCCUUAUAGAAAUCAAAAUGAAAGCGAAGAUGGACUCGAUAUAGCAACUCGAUUUAUAGCACUCGCAAAAAUAGCUAAUAGCGAAAAAAAAAAAUGGAUUUAUGCGUUAAAUUUGACACCAGUACAAAAGACGAGAAUGUCUGAAUUAAUGAUGAAAACAACCGAUGAGACUAUUAGUCCAUAUCCAGCAUCUAUGCUCCAGAAUAAUCCGGGCAAAAAAAUGGAAGACAAAGCUCAAUUUUUUUAUGAUAUGGAUUCUAAUAAAGACGGGAAGAAGAAAACUAAACGACCUAAAAUGGAAUUUGAUCAAAAUAAAUGUUGGUUCUGCUUAUCCAGUCAAGAUGUUUCAAAACAUUUAGUCAUUUCUACAGGCAAAGAAAUUUAUUUAGCUUUAGCUAAAGGAGGAGUUGUCGAUGAUCACUUUCUCAUUUUGCCAAUAAUGCAUCAUCAGUGCUUGUCGACUUUACCAGAUAAUGUUAAAGAAGAACUGAGAUUGUAUAAGGAAUCUAUUAGAAAAUAUUAUGCAACGAGCGAUAGAGUUCCAGUUUUUUUUGAGAGAAACUUUAAGACAUCUCAUUGUCAAUUACAAGUUGUUCCGAUCCAUAAAAAUCAAGCACCAUGUCUGAAAGAAGCAUUUCAAGAAAUAGGUGGAAUUUAUCACAUUUCCAUAAAAGAAUUAGAUGUAGACCUUCAUGAAAUUGCACCGUCAGGAACGCUCUAUUUUUAUGUAGAAUUACCGGAUGGACAGAGAUUAUUCUAUAGGAUAAAAAAAGACUUUCCUCUACAAUUUGGUCGAGAAGUUGUUUGCAGCGAUAGGAUAUUGGAUAUUCCUGAUAGAUUUGACUGGAAGGAUUGUCAGUUAAGUAAAGAAGAGGAAUUUUUAUUGGCAGAACAAAUUAAAGCUAAAUUCAAACCGUUUGAUGUAAAUUUGUAAAAAGUACAUUUUUGUUAUAUUUUUCCAUAGAUUGUUAAGCA